UAGUAUAUUCACCUGUUGGCCGGCUUGGGCCCAAAUAGAGCAACCAGGCCCUGAAAUGUUAGGAGCUUAAAAGCAGAAGAAAUCUGAAUCACGUUCGGCGGUCGGUCACCUAAUGCUUCUCCGGCGCCGGGAAAUUCGCCGAUAUCUGACAACAAGCUGGUGAUGGUAACAAGUUCUCGAAUUUUCUCAGAAAAUCUGAAAUUUCAUUGUUGCAGAUACAUACUCUGCUUUUUUAGACACUCGUCUUCUUCAGCUCCGUCGCUUUCUCGUCCGAUUUUUCUGAACGGCCAUAAUCCGGUUAAUUUUCUCGAUGAUCGGAGAAGGCACGAGAGACCCUUCUCGUCAAACGAUCUAUCUCGUGGUAAUACAACGUUUGGGAGCGAUGAUGCCACCAAUGUCGGUAAAGUGUUCGAUGAAAUGCCCAACAGAGAUGGUUGGAUGGCAGAAAGUUAUCGGUACGUUAUUGAAAUACUUAGAUCCGCCCUGACGACAAGAGCGAACGCAGAAACUGUGAGGAGAUGCCACUGUUUUGCACUGAAGAUUGGGUUUGUGGAGUAUUUGCCCGCAUCCUCGAUGCUUCUAACGCUUUACGCUCGAAGUGGGGAUUUGUCAUCUUCUCUGGCUUUGUUUGGUGAACUGAACGUGAAAGAUGUGAUUCUUUGUAACAGUAUGAUCUCCGUUCUGGUUCAAAAUGGUCGAUUUUCGGCGGCUUUAGGUUCUUUAGUUGAUAUGAUUGAAAAGGGAAAUGAGUUCGAUUCCACCACUCUUUUGCUUGCAGCUUCAGUUUUAUCCAAUCUAGGUUGCUCGAAACAAGGUAGAUCCGUCCAUGGUUUGGCUAUAAAGACCGGUCUGCUUUCCGAUCCUCGCUUGUGCAAUGCUCUGAUGAAGUUUUACGCAAAAGGCCGAGACUUGAACUCUGCAAUGCUUGCAUUCGCUCAUACGGAACACCGAGACAUUGUCUCGUGGAACACGAUCAUGUCCGGAUGCCUUGCUAAUCAUCAACCCGUGAAAUCUUUGGAAUACUUCAAGAGGAUGAUUCGAUUAGGACAAGCACCUGAUCAUGUGAGUUUGUCAUCGGCCAUAUCUGCUUCUGCUUGUCUGGAGGAGCUUGGUUAUGGUGAAUCCCUCCAUGGGUUGGCUGUGAAGUGUGGUUACAGUACAGAUUUUCACGUUUCUGUGGCCAACUCCAUCAUUUCUAUGUACUCAAAAUGCGGGGACAUGGAGGCAGCAUCAUCAGUGUUCGAAGAAAUAUCGUGGAAGGAUGUCGUUUCUUGGAAUGCAAUGCUCAACGGGUUUGCCUCAAAUGGAAUGAUGAUGUUUCAUGAAGCAUUUGAUACUUUGAGGGAAAUGCAGUUGGUGGAUUCAAUCCGGCCUGAUAUUGGCAGGAGUCACCUCAAUGCACAGAUAUUUUAAAACUUAAGUAAAUCGGUUCACGGUUACGUGGUUCGUAACGAGAUGCAAUCAAGAGCAUUGUCAGUGACCAACAGUCUUAUUGACAUGUACGGAAAAUGUGGGCUAGUAAGACAGGCCGAACUAAUGUUCAGGACAGCAUCUGAACUGGAUUUGGUCUCUUGGAACUCGAUGAUCUCUGCUUACUCACUAAACGAGUUCAGUCCAGAAGCAAAGGGUCUUUUCAAGGAACUGCUCUGGUCCUGUUCGUCGUCUUCACAGUUCAGUUUGUCGACCGUGUUGGCGAUUCUUCCGUCCUGUGAUUCAUCCAAUUCGCUCGUAUUUGGCAGGUCAAUCCACAGUUGGCAGCUAAAGCUAGGGUUUGGGGACAAUAUCCUUUCGGCAAACUCGCUUACCAACAUGUACAUCAGUUGCGGAGACCUUGAUGCAGCAUCUCUGUUGGCCGAGUCAGUGUCCGAGACAAGGGAUGUUACUUCUUGGAACACUGUUAUCUACGGUUGCGCAUCAAAAGGGCAUUACUUAUGGUCUCUGAAGGCGUUCCAAGUGAUGAGGGAAGAAGGGAAAGUUCUUCAUGAUUUGGUCACUCUUCAAGGUACCAUCUCGGCAUGUGGAAACCUCGGGUUGGCCUUACAAGGGAGAUAUCUCCACGGUCUUGCUGUAAAAACCGUGGAAGAAUCGGAUACCCAAUUGCAGAACACGUUGAUCACGAUGUACGGUAGAUGCCGAGACAUUGAGAGUGCUGGCAGAAUCUUUGGUUCGGUCUCUGACCCGAACUUGUGUUCCUGGAACAGUAUGAUAUCGGCUUUGUCUCAGAACAAAGCUGGACAACAAGCGUUUGAGCUCUUCAGAGACAUUACUUUCAACCCUAACGAGAUCACACUCGUUAGCCUUCUCUCUGCUUCCUCUACUUAUCUCGGGUUCGGAAGCUAUGGAGUGCAGAUACAUAGUUACCUCAUUCGCCAUGGAUUCCAGGACAACCCUUUUGUGAUUGCUGCACUGCUGGACACGUACAGCAACUGCGGCAAGCUAGAAACUUGCAUGAAGGUAUUCAGAAACUCGAAGGUGAAGUCACUUGCCGUUUGGAACUCUGUUAUUUCCGCAUAUGGGUUCCACGGAAAAGGCGAGAAAGCGAUGGAAAUGUUCUCGGAGGCGACGAACUCGGGGAUGAAACCGAACAAGAGUACGUUCAUCAGUCUAUUGUCAGCCUGCAGCCAUUCCGGGCUCAUAGAUGAAGGAAUUAGGUACUACAACCAAAUGGAGGAGGAAUUCGGGGUCAUACCAGUCACGGAGCAUCAAGUCUGCGUAGUGGACAUGCUCGGGCGGGCAGGGAGGAUAAGAGAAGCUUACAGGUUCGUCAGAGGGAUUGGAGAAGAGCCGGAAGCUGGAGUGUGGGGAGCUUUGUUGAGUGCAUGUAACUAUCAUGGAGAGAUAGAGUUAGGGAAGGAAGUCGGAGAGGUUUUAUUUGAGAUGGAGCCGGAGAAUGCCGGUUACUACAUCUCGUUGUCGAAUGCUUAUGUUGGGGCCGGGAGAUGGCAAGAGGCCGUGCUGCUUCGACGGCUUGUCGAAGAGAGAGCCUUGACGAAGCUCCCUGGCCGUAGUGUGACUGAUGUUGGUUUUAGGUGACUGUGGAAUGGACGGAAUCUGUAUUCAUUUGCAAAAUAGUGGA